GCUGCCCCCGCACCGACCGCGCUCAAACUCAUCGACAAGGUCGUUCAGGGGUUCGACCUCGGGCAGUGCAUCGAGCUGGGCCCCCUGUUGGCCGACGCAAGCCUGGAGAGCGAGAUGUCCGACGCUGACAAGCAGGAGAUCGAGGCCCGACGCGCCCAGCUGGGGUCCGAGGUUCAGCAGCUCGCCAAGGACCUCCUGGGCCCCCUGGUGGAAGCCGCGCGCAAGGCGAAGGAACUCCACCAGCAGCACAUGCUUCGCUGUGCCAGCAAGCGGCAGCGCGUGGAAGAUGGCGGCGGUGGCUCUCCUGCAGCAGCAGCAGGCGGAGGCGAGGGCGCUGCAGGGAGCGGCUCCGCAGUUGCGGCCGCAGGCGCGCAGCCGGCAGCGGCCGAGGCCGAAG